AUGUCCGACAGCACCACUCGCAACUGCACCCCCGUCACUGCGCGCUCCAGCAUCGUUGCCUCGGAAUCGGCUACACUCGCCAACCUCUCGUCCACCAGUCACCGUUCCACCACACAUGCAAAACUUCGUCUUCGAAUCGUCACUCGACCUCCUCUACCCGAACACCGCUUCCUCGCUCCCUUUGAGCCCAACGUCCCGAAAUGCUUUGCCAAGCUGAAAUCCUUCGUCCACAAAUAUCUAGUGGACAAAUCAGAGAAAGCCGGUCAGAAUGUGGCGCUGGUCGAGUCAAUACAUGUGCACGCACUCGAGUUUCAGAUGGACAACUUCGACGUGCCAGAUGAUCCAGAGAUCUUGAGGGAUGGGGAUACUCUCGAAGUUGUCAUCGAUGCGGAUGUGGAAAUCCGAGACACUGGAUUCGACGAGCACGCGCGUAUCGAGAUAGCAGAUCAAUCCCGAGACCAACGCCAACAUGACGCGAACGAGGGCGAGCAGCAGGAUCGAGACUUGGAUUCUCUCCAACUCGAAGCACAGAAUGCAGAAGAGCGAGAUGCGAUCGUCCAGGCAACGCGUGUGGCGGCUUUGCUCCGCGCUGGCGUUCACAACAUGACGGAUGGCCACGACGACUUAGCUUCCAAGCAUAUCGUGGUCGAUGAUCUACCACGCAUGCCGCGCCCCCCGACGUUGGCUUCGACCAAGUCCACCUCGCCCAAAGCAUCAUCCUCGAACCCAUUUUCAGCUCCAUCAUUGCCGCCCAUGCCGACGUCAUUGGUGUUUGGAGGCGCAGCGUCGGCAAUGGCUGCAUUCGAAGCGAAACGAAAGCAAAUGCAGGCUUCGUCCCAGUCAAGUUUUGCGUUAUGCCCUUCAGACAGAAUCGGCAGCGUAGCCAAUGCCAAUGCCAGUGCCAGUGCCAGUGCUAGUGCCAAACGUGUUGGCAAGAGGCCUCGAUCCUCCUCGCCUUCAUCGAGCAGCGAAAGCAGCUCAGACUCUUGUUCCACCAGCGAAAGCGAUUCCGACUCUUGCUCAGACUCUUGUUCCUCCAGCGAAAGCGAUUCCGACUCCUGCUCAGACGAUACUGGUUCCACCGAUUCCGGAUCAGAGUCAGAUUCCGAAUCGUGCAAUUUAUCUUGCGAUUCGUCCACGAGCUCGUCCGACUCAGCUCCAAGCGAACAACCGACGCGCUACGAUCGUCCGAGAACGUGGUCAACAUCACCGCGGGCUGUGCCACCAGGCCAAGGACUGAACCGCACCAAGCGUCGAAACGCGAUGCGUCGGCAUAAGCUCAAGAUGCUUCGGGAUGCCGAGAAUGUGGUUCAAUUCGAGAACGCACGCCGUCGUGCGGAGCUGGCGCAAGGCGGCGUCGACCAUGUCGGACCAGUGGGAUGGGUGGAGGACAGGGAGGGAACGAUGCAGAUUGAGCAUGUCUCUGAUCGCUCACGUGUUCAUGAUAGCGCGUUGAUCAGUGUCAAAGAUGAAAUGCCUCCUGGAAGUGGCACGUUCGGGAUGGACGUAUUCUCUGCUGCUCGAGACUCGAACGUAGCGCAGAGCAAGAGGAAGCGUCAGGAGGAAUUGACGCCAUCGAGCGUGGAUGAUGCUGCAGCACACCUCGCGUCCAGGUGGCAAGACAGGCAAUCGAGUGAUCCAAUGCACGGCGUUCAAGUUCCGUACAACGUACAUAUCCGACAUGUGGACUGUCAAGCUUACUACGACUCACAACUGGCGGUGCUGCAAGAUGUGCUGCAAGGCGAGGCCGAAGCAGUUGGGCGAGUGGUGCGAUCCAGCAGACGCCGAAAGAAGACGCUUGAUGAUGAGCAGGCGGAAUCCGAGAAUGCGGAUCUUGACUACUCAUCGGUGGAGGGAGAGAUGCAAGAUCGAGGACGACCAAAGAGGAUCAAGAUCGAGUCGGUGACGCCGAGGAUCGGCUCGAGCCCGGUCGGUGCUGCUGAAUCGUCGACGAUCCGGUUCGGCGCACCUGCGCCUCUUGGUGAGCGCUCCGACAUGGAUAUUGAACGCACAUGGCUGCAGCUCAAGCAGACCUACCAGCCGUCCGACAUCGCUUGUUGCACACGCAUCGACGCAUCCACGGUCGACUUGGCGCACCUCGAACCAGGGUUCGGUCUGAUAUGGCAAGCUCUGGCUUUGCAUCCGCUUCGCCAAACGCCAGAGAUCAUGUGGCAUGUCGGCAUUGUUUCUAGCACAUCACCCCACAUACAGCUGCACUCGCUCGGGCCAUUGCACGAAUCGCGUUCCACACACUGGCACCACUACGAACCCGUCGAGAUGGUCUGGCAAAAUCCGCCCUCCCCGGUCCUGUAUCGGUUCGCUUAA